CUCUUCGGAACCCAAGAAUGUGUGCGACGCUGUAAAACGAACACUGGUGAUGGCGGACACAGAGGUCACAGUGUCCAUGGGGGACGUGGUGGUGGUUAAUGCCGCCGGAGAGGAGGGUGACCCCAACGAUGUCAGCAAGACACAGGUCAUCCUUCAGCUCCAGCCUAUCACACAGGGGAUAGGUGAAGAAUGUGCCGAGACAGACACUGCUGUCAUUGGUGCAGAAACAGUCAAUCAGGAAGUAACCACAGCUGAAGGGGAGGAGGUGGAGUUUGGUUAUCCAAUCACGUGCGGCGAGAGCAAAGCGGUGCUGCUGUUCAAGAAGUUUGUUUGCCCGGGGAUCAAUGUGAAGUGUGUGAAGUAUGACGACCAGCUGAUCAGCCCCAAGCAGUUCGUGCACCUGGCGGGAAAAGCCACCCUGAAAGAUUGGAAGAGGGCGAUCCGACUGGGCGGAGUCAUGCUCAGAAAAAUGAUGGACUCGCGGCAGAUUGACUUCUACCAGCACGACACAGUGUGCACCAACACCUGCCGCAGCACCAAGUUCGACCUGCUGAUCAGCAACACCCGGCUCCCCCUGCAGGGCAGCGAGCUGCCGACACCCACUGUCCCGCAAGGUAAUGGAGGUCAGGCCGCCGUAGUGGACGACCGGCCAGAGGAAGCCUCGACCACCGUGGAAUUCAGCCCCAGGCCGGUCGCCAUAGUAACAGAGACGGAAAGCAAGCGAGAAACAGAAGAUAUCUCUGAGGAGACCCUGAACUUCUGGAAGGGCAUCGCGGAUGUGGGGCUGAUGGGCGAGGUGGUGGCUAACAUCCGCACCGAGCUGCUGGAGCUUCUGACAGGGGUACAGCAGCGGAGCGCCACCCUGCAGGAGCCAGAUGUGGCAGUGCUGAGCAGCCUGGGCCAGGUGUUUGGGCUGCUGAACACGGUCAAGCGGGUCCUGGACAGCAGGCGAAGCCAGACGGACCCUAGCCAGGAGGAGUUCCUCAGCACUCUGACAGGGCUGGAGCAGCAGCUGGAGGAGCAGAAGAAACAGGCGCGUGAUUGGCGGGCCCGCUCUCGCGCGCUCCACAACAUGGUCUUCACGUCGUCGGGGGCCCCCAAGCCGCCCGCCAAACGGCCGCGUCUGCAGCGCCCCGCCUCGGCGGGCCUGCUCAGCACCUCCGCCACCCAGCAGCAGGGCCAGCUGCCCCAGCAGUUCACCGUCCUCUCCCCCAUCACGCUGUCCCCCAUGGGCCAGCCGUUCACCAUGACCGGCCUGCCCGUGGCCACGCUGGGCCAGCAACCCAAUACCGUCACCCUGCACACCCUGCCCGCCGGCUCCCAGCUCUUCACCCGCUACGCCGCCAGCGCCACCGGCAAGGCCGACACCAUCACUCUCCACCCCACCUCCAGCCUGACGCUGCUCAGCACGGCCGCCAUGCAGGAGCCCAGCCAGCUGGGGGCGAUCGUGAGCCCGGUGGAGCUGGUGCACCUGGCCCACGAGGACGAAGCGGAGGCCGGGGACAGGGGCGAGGGCGGGGGGGAGAGCAGGCCGGAGGACGGGGAGAUGGUGGAAGGGGCAGUACUGGUGCAGGAGGCCGGGGUGGAGGUGGAGGAGGCGGAGGACGAGGGCCAGACGCACACCACAGUCAUCGAGAUCGACCCGGCGCCGGGCGACCACGCGGACGGGGUGGUGGGGCUGCAGCUGGAGGGGGAGGUGGUGGGCGAGGAGGGCGGGGUGGUGGUGCAGGGCGAGAUGGAGGUGUUGGGGGAGGAGGGCGGUGUUGUGGUGCAGGGUGAGAUGGAAAUGGUGGGCGAGGGGGAAGGGGCCAGUGUUGUGGUGCAAGGCGAGGUGGAGGAGGUGGAGGGGCUGCAGAUGGAGCCUCAGGAGCAGCUCCAUGACGUGCAGAUAGUGGUCGUCGAAGACGAGGCGCACGAAGAGGCCAAAUGA